GGCUCUUGACGGGUGAUUUGUUACAGUGAGUAGCCACAAUUUCGCGCAUUUUCUUCUAAAUUUCACUGUUAUUUGUUCUUCUGAUUUAUUUCAUUUGAACUAUGGAAAUGUUAGAGUCAAAGCCUCUCAGUGCGAUUAGUAUGGUUAUUGAUUCAAUUGGAGUUGAUCAUGAAAAUCAGAACAAAUGUAAUUGCUGCAAUGAGCAAAUUUAUGAUCGUUAUAUUUAUCGAAUGGACAAUCGAUCGUAUCACGAAAAUUGUGUCAAAUGUACAAUAUGUGAGUCUCCUCUGGCCGAAAAGUGUUUUUGGAAAAAUGGGAGAAUUUAUUGUAGUCAACAUUAUUAUAAGGAUCACAGUAUUCAUCGGUGUGCGGGUUGCAAGAAAGGAGUGUCACCGACAGAUAUGGUAUAUAAACUGAAGGCUGGGCUCGUGUUCCAUGUGGAAUGUCAUUGUUGCUCUUUGUGUGGACGGCAUUUAUCACCGGGGGAACAAAUUCUUGUUGACGAUACAAUGAUGACCGUAUCCUGUAUGUCACAUUAUCCUCCUCAAAUGGAUGACAACGCACCUGGAGCAAUAGGAUCUGCAGUUGAUAUACCAUCUUGUUCGACAGAAAAUCCAAUUGCCCCAUAUCCAAUUGAUGAAUCUUUUUCAUCAGCUUUCCAAGUUAAAAAGGAGGUUGACGCUUAUGGAUACAACUUUGAGCAUUAUAGCUUUUCCGAUUUCUGUGAUGAUGAUUCACGAAUGCUAAAAAGACGCGGACCUAGAACGACAAUCAAACAAAAUCAGUUGGACGUGCUGAAUGAAAUGUUCUCGAAUACACCAAAGCCGUCGAAACAUGCUCGAGCCAAAUUGGCAUUGGAGACCGGUUUAAGCAUGAGAGUAAUUCAGGUUUGGUUCCAAAACCGGAGAAGUAAGGAACGGAGGCUCAAACAUUUGUGCAAUUACUUGAGACAUUAUGAGCAACGUGGGCUCAUUCCUCCGCCAAUUCAUUUUAGAAAUGAAGAAAUGGACACAACUGACUUCAACGCGUUUUGCGGAAAUUUCGAAGAGGAAGAUGAUGAAGAUUGAUGAAGAUUUUUUUAAUUUUUAAAACAAUAUAUUCCAUUUAUAUAUAUAUAUUUCAUAAUGUAUUUUCCUUCCCAAAUCUUGAAUUUCAUUACAUGUUUGCCAAAACUUGUGUUCUGAACUUGUUCAAAUAUUCACGUUUGCGCGAAUAAGUAAUUGAAUGUCAGUCGAUAAUCUGAUCUCAAUGAUUCCAUUUUUAAUUGUCCAUGAAUCAUAAAAUCACGAAAUCUUAAAAAUUCUCACACUUUGUCUCGAUUCAAAAAUAAUCCUAAAUGCU